AUGGUACCGCCCUUCCUGAAGAACGUCUCCCCCGCUACUUCGCCAAGCACGGACACGCUGAUGCUGAUCCCAAGGGUGUCAAGAAGCAGGGCGGUGCUGCGCCUCGAUACUAAUGCCGAUAGGGGCCGUGACGGCGAGGAAGUCCAAGACUAUGACUACACUUUCAACAACGCUCGUCGUCGAUCCAACUCCAGCACCCAAGCUCUAGGAGACUUUAAGACCAAGUUCGAAGCCAUGGAUACCGAUCCCGUCUUCGAGGAAGAGUUGCACGGACCGACCGAAGAGGAUAUCGAGAAGGCUUCCACCCAUGACAGCACUGAUUCCAGCACCUUGGGAGGAAGUGUUGAUGAUGACGACAAGAAGAUGUAA